UUUUACAACACAUUGGCGUUGGUUGGUGUUGGCGCAUUUGGACGAGUUUCGCUUGUGAAGAAGAAAGACUCCGGACAAGUGUAUGCCAUGAAGAGUCUGCUGAAAAAGGACGUGAUCAUGAAACAGCAGGCAGCGCAUGUGAAAGCCGAGCGAGACAUUCUGGCAGAAGCCGAUUCGCCCUGGAUAGUGAAGUUGUUUUUCUCUUUUCAAGACGAUCGCUGCCUUUAUUUCGUCAUGGAGUACGUGCCCGGUGGCGAUAUGAUGCAGCUGCUAAUCAAUAAAGGAAUUUUUGAAGAAAAGCUGGCU